GCGCUGGGGCGGCAGCAAUCGUGAGCGUAUCGCGAGUAGCGUGCAAGAAAAAAGUGUAUUCAGCAGCUUUUGUGUAGAAAAACGUUUUGUGUCAAAGUUUAAAAGUCAAUAGCAAUUAAACUAAUCAAGGCUAAUGGCAAUCGAGCAAAGCAAUUGAAGUAAUUGCACUGCCUUACAGUGAUUUUUCUGCUUUUUUGAGCUUCAUAUGCAAACAAUCUCGCGCCGAUAAAAGCAAUUAGGUCAACAACAAAAGCAAUCGAUAGUAGAGGAAUUGCACGGGAGUUGCAAAAUCGAGCGAGUCAUGUGAGGAAUUGUGCAAAAAUAAAGCAAAGCAGCUUUUAUAGUAAAAUCCGUAGCGGGUGUGUGUGCGUUUGAGCUCGCUUAGUAAAAGCCGCAACAGCGCAUUACCUGCUCUGUAAUUACGGCAAUUAUCAGUGAUCGCUUGACGUCAGUCGCAUGUUGUUAUUUUUGUGAUUUGAACUACGAACUCUCGGUUGCAAAUACCUUGUUGUUGCCUUUGCUUAAGUGCUAUGUAAUGUGCAGUGAGAAAUAUUUGUUUCGAAAAUGUUCGCCGCUGCUGGGAAAGCAAAUCGACGUAAGGACUGCAAGUUGCCGCUAAGUUCGAACGAAAACAAGUCGGUAUCGAGAUUGAAGGGCAUGAAAAGCUGGUGGAACAACUAUUCCUGUGUAGCCAGCAAUAAGUCGCCGCGUACGACGCGCUAUCUAGCCAAGGCCGCUGCCGCGUUACCCGUACAUCAGAAGCUUUCACCUGCCGAGCAGCAGUAUGAGUCAUAUGUGCAGGCCACAGUAGCGGCGAAUGCCAAGUCACCGGUGGAACAGCUGGUGCCGCCACCACCACCGCCGCGCCGGCAUGUGCCACAGAAACGUCAGCUGCUGAGUCCUAGCAACGGUGAAACGGAACUUACAGACACAGAUGCGAUCGAUAGAAAGCCAUCGCAGCAGUCAGAUAAUGUGGCACCAUCGAGUGAAGCCAUAGCUAAAGUGCCUAUUGUCGUACCAGCAAGCACGAAUGGCGCCGAUACAAGCGCUGCAGCAGAUGCUCAAACAUUGUUUAGCAUACGCGAGCAGAUGGCGCUGAGCUUAAAACGAAUGAAAGAUUUGGAAGAGCAAGUCAAAUCUAUACCGGAACUUCAAAAUGAGCUGACGCAGCUGCGUGAUGAGAAGCAGCGCUUGCAACAAACAUUACAGCGGAAAGAAGAUGAGCUGCUGCGCGCACGUGAACCGCCGCGACUUUCAUCCUCGCCGAGUCCGGUCACAAGUGCUAAGAAUGGUUCACCCGUGCAGUUUACGCCACAACGCAUUAGUCCAGUGUCUUUGGAAAGCUUGGGCUCUCGAUUGCGCGCCAACUCAAGCAGCUCGGAGCGCCAGUUGCGCACACCGACUACACUUAAGCGCGAUGUGGGUACCAUGUGCGGACUGCACGCAAAAAGAGAUGUAGCCGUGGGCAGUCCGGUGCACAUGGUGCGCAGCGUAGGUACGAGCCCUGCACAGCAGUUAAAUAGCAUUACUGAAGCCCUUUACUCGCAAUGGGAAAUGGAGGAGCAUACGCAAGUAGCAAUCACGCGUUACGAGGAAGAACGCGCACUGCAGCAACUGAAGAAGAUGACGCAUAUCGGCACACAAAUACAAGCGCCACACAGUGUUGAUAGGGGUGCACAAACCACAGCAGCGCCGAAAGUGCCCAAGAGCUCAGUGAGCGUUAUGGUGAGUCCAGCAACGAGAGAUGCUUAUGUCAAUUGCCGUGCUGAAAUGCGCUCCACAGCUUGUUCAGAGGACAAUAUACUGGAUCCCUUGUGUGAGAAAUGUAAUAUCGUGAAGCGUAGCAUCGCCUGCAGCACCGAAGACCCCGGCUUCAUUAAAGUAAAAUCAGUUUCAUUGAAACUACUCGAUUCACCUGAGUUUCUACGUAGCAAGACUUUCUCAUUAGGCGAACAUGAUCGACUCGGGCGUAUACUGAAGACCACAGGCACGCAAUACACGCCAGUCUCCGUGAAUAGCGCCGGCUGCCAAACCGCAACCACAUACGUACACGCUGUCGGUGUGCAAUGCAUGCCCGAACAGCGUCAUGCCAGCGUACAAAGUGAGAUUGCGUGCGACACGCGUUUUACAGACACACGUGAUUUAAUACGGCUCUGUACAACGCAAACUAGUACCGAAGCGUACAUACCGCCACCCGUUGUCAUUGAAGAGCCACCUAAAAAGGAAGAAAACCCCGCGCCACCUAAACCAAUAACGCGUUCAACUGCCAGCAAUACGGAUAAGCCACGCACCGUAGAUUACGGCAUAAAUACUUUACCACCUGCGCCCAUACGUCAUACCGCAGCCAACACAGAUUCGGUGCGUAAACGGGACAUAGGUUGCGGCGACGUAGUCAAGCCACAUAUUUCUAUUGCCUGCGCCGAUAAUUACUGUGAUUCCUGCAAGGAUGCGAUUAAAAAUUUGGCUAAAGACUUCUCGAAAGUGCUGUCGCCUCAAUCGCCGCCAUCGCCACGCCUGCGUCCACCCGCACCCGUACGUAGCGCAUCCAUGGAUUCGCGCAUACCGCUGCGCAAAAAUGUACCACCCAGCCCCAGCCCAGUACGGCGCACUUUUCAGCGGCAGAACACAUACACAAUAACAACAACGUCGGAAAAACAGUCCACAAAGCCAACACAGAGUUCGUUGCACGAGAAACCGCCAUCAGCAGCCCAUUUUCUGCCACCGGAAUCUGCCAGCGAAACGCAGAGUUUCAUAAGCGAGCCAAAAUCUACUGCGCCUAUCGUCGGUGUCAAGGUUACGCCACCUAAAGCAAACACAUCCCUAACUGCCCCUUCCUCAGCCGCAAAUUCGCGACGAGCCUCCGAUGCCAGUCAAAAGACCGUUGAACCGUUGGAGGAUAGCAAAGUGGAUGAGACUACACCACUACAACCGAGUCUCGAUGGAGUAAUUGUGCGCGAGGAGAAACGUGUGAGUGUCAGCUGGUCUCGUGAUGCAUCACCAGCGCCGCUUAAAGAUGGCGCUUCGCCAUAUCGUUCCUUGGAGAGUUCUUUCAAUGAGAAGCUCCGGGAAUCCACAUUGGAAACAGCAGCGGCAGUGUUAGUUGAGGAGAGUGAAGAAAAGGAGCAAACUGGAAUAGAAGUUGAUAUGUCAAAGGGCGCACGUCGCAAGACAACAAUACAGAAAUCUAGUCAUAUCCCAAGAAAGCAAGUCGGUAGCGUUGAAAAGACGGUGAAAACAGAGCAUGAGUCGCAGACAGAUAAGACCGAAGAGCAGGAACGUCCGCCAUCGAAAGCGCUACUGCAAAAACUGGCAAUGGUUGAGGCGGAGCCACGACAAAAAUUCGUUCCGCCUACCGAGAUGCUGAAUGCUUUGAAGACCAUCAAUAAUUCGCUGUUGAAGAAAAUGGACGCGAAGUCUCUAUCGGCGGCUAGCUUGAAAGCAUCUAAAUUGGUGAUCCAACAGGAAUGGUUCCGGAUCUCUAGCACCGAGAAGGCGAAUCCACACGAAGUCGAGGACUAUUUAGACUGUUUUGAGGAAAUGUCGGUAUCGCUGUUGGAGUACUGUGUCAAUAUGGUGGACGCCAAUGGCAACACUGCAAUGCAUUAUGCGGUCUCGCAUGGCAAUUUUGACGUCGUAUCCAUACUACUCGAUUCAAAGGUUUGCAAUGUAAAUCAAAUGAAUAACGCUGGAUACACUUGUGUGAUGCUCGUCUCAUUGGCAAAGCUUAAAAACGCUGCGCAUCGCACAGUCGUACAACGACUGUUCCAGAUGGCCGAUGUCAAUAUACGAGCCAAAAAGCACUGCCAGACCGCAUUGAUACUGGCUGUUUCCCAUGGUAAUAAAGAGAUGGCGGAGCUGCUGUUGGCCGCCGGUGCAGACAUCAACAUACAGGACGAGGACGGCAGCACAGCGCUGAUGUGUGCUGCCGACAAUGGACGCACGGACCUGGUUAAGCAUUUGCUGUCACAGCCUGAUUGCGAUUCGCUUUUAGUGGAUGUGGAUGGCGCUACGGCUUUCAAAAUUGCCUGGCAGGCUGGACAUCGGGACCUUGGCUUGUUGCUGUACGUGCACGAGCAAAUGCUGCGCAGCAAGCAGCCCAAUCGCGGCGACGCCACGCGCGUUUCGCUGGAGUUGCCGCGCGGCUCGAAGCCCACUUAAUGCGGGCUAAGGAGGCAGCAGUAAAUUGUAAAACCCUGGAAAGGUUUUUUUUUUGGAGUAAAGUGAUUUAACUAAAUCGAAAACGUAAAUUUUUAACUAAAUUAUUUGAAGAACAUUGCAAACGAUGCCAGCCAAAAAAAAAAAAAAAUGGACGAACAAAUUAGACAGUUUUUUCUUAAAAUUAGUAGUUUUGCUAUUAGAGUGGCAUUAAACAUAUAUUACUUAAAUGAAAUAACUUAGUAGUACUUUAAGUUUAGUUUAAAAUUCUCGAAGAAUUGUGCGAGCUAUACUAAAGAUUUUAUAAAAGCUUUUGAAAAGACAGCAGCAUAUCAAACGUUAAUGCCAAUUUUUGACGAGCACUCACUAACAUUCCACUCAAGUUUUUGUAGGAAAAUUUGCAAAAAGAACAAAAUUUUUAAACUAAAGAAACGAAUCUGCGAAAACGAAAUUAAUGCUAUGCUAAUAUUGGAAAUGAAAAAUUAAUAAAACAUUUUAAUAUUGGCACAAAAGAAGAAAGAUACGAGAAACACAAAAAAUUCACAAAAUUAUUUAACAAUUUUUUUCCAAAUUAAAUUAAUAAUUUUUAAUUAAUUAUGCAGCUCUUUAUUUAUUUACGUUUACACAGGGUAUUUCAAAACUAAUGCGAGAUUUAAAUGUGACGCAACUUUAAAAUCGCUUCACGCUUUUUACGAAGUUGAAACACUAUUCCGAGCAUAUUUUUUAUGAUAUUUUUAUUUUUAUUUACUGAAGACACAUUUUAACGUGUAACGCUCCAUUUGUACUAAUCUCAAACUGUCAGCCCUCGAGUUUACCCUUUUUUUAGGGGUUUCAAGAUUUUACUACAUAAAAUGCGACACGAAGUAUCGUCAAACAAAUCGAAAAUGAGUUGUUUAUUGCUUACGAAUCAUUAUAUCAUAUUACAUACAUGCAGCAUAAAAUUUCCAGCUUCCGCUAACAUAUAUAACCAACAGAUAACCAAUAUAUAA